AUGUUGUAUUUAACGAACCUGAUGUCCCUUGGCGCUUUACUAUUCCUCCUCAAGUCCGUAUCGGCGAAACACACGCGGAAUUACAAUAAAUUCUGCUCGUCGAUCGGGGACGAAGCUUUAUCCAGUCAAGAGAGCGACAAUCUGCGACAGCUGUUGAACUUCAUUCGACGAUCCUCCGAGUUCCAUCCACUCGUAUUCUCCGUAAUUCUUCCGGAGUUUCGAUCGAGCUUGGUCGAACUUCUGCUGAGACACGUCGCCGAGAAUUCGAUCGAGACCUACAAAGUCCGAGCGAGAGAUCUGUCGGUGAAGAUCCCCUGGAUGAAGCGGCUGCAACUCACCUGGAUCCUCGUCGUUCGCGAUUUGUCCAGCCUCGACGUGUUUAUUUACUGGCAGUCGAACUUGUGGAAAGUGGGAAACCAAUAUUUGAUCAUCUUCACGGGGAACGUAGCCGUCGCGCUGUGGGAGCGGGUUUUCAGAAACUUGUGGAAACGGUACAACGUUUAUCGUGUCAUCGUCGUGGACGACGAUUUCCGAUGUCUGACGAGGUACGCGCCCUUCGAGAUAUCCGACGACGGAUUCGGUAAAGCGUACAAAUCGUGCUUGAAGACGAAUCCCACCAAACAAUCUGGGAAAGAUGAUUCGCUUCAGAAUUCGUUGAAAGAUCAAACGGAAUAUUCGGAUAUUCAGUUGGACGCCGAUACGAGGUUGUUCGAGAAUUUUCGAAACUUGAACGGCUAUCCGGUGGAAGUGCUGGUGUUCGAGUCUCUGUUGAUGAACGUCUCGUACGACGAUCAGAACAGGCUGAAAUUGAGCAAACCGGACGCGAACGUGGUGUUCGCGUUGGAGGAGGCGAUGAGAGCGAAGUUUCGUAUAAAAGCGAUGAGGAAGAUCGAUUUUAAAGACGAUCCAUUCCGCAUUUCGUUAGAUGGCAUCGAGGCUGGAAAAUACGACAUGAUCAUCACCGGAUUUUUCAUCAAAGUUUACAAUCAAUAUCAAAAGUUUCAGUUCACCUGCCCCAUGUACGAAGACAGGUUGUGCUUCCUGUCGCCCGAUUCUGGCUUGGUACCCAAGGCCUACAUGCCUUUCCUACCGUUCCAAAGAAGCUUGUGGUUUCUUCUGAUGGCAUAUAACGUAGUAAUUACGUUUCUUUGGUGUUUGGUGGAAUACAUCAGCGAAUCGCUGCGACGUCCACGUUCGAUCAGUCGUCGAUCAAGUAUUAAUCGUUUGACGAGAAACCAAACACGGGACUUCAAAAAUAGGAUGGGAAAGAGAGAGUUCGUUCGAGGAACACGUUCUUCCGAUCUCUAUGAUCACAAACAGCCACCAGAAAUCCCUCGAUACGUCGAGAGAUUAUUCACCUUCGUGGAGUACCUUUGUUAUCCUCUUCAAGCAAGCAAAAUUCCAGCGCAGAGAGCUCUGCUCUUUGGUACUCUGUUCUUCGGUCUCAUCGUCAACGGUUUGUAUCAAAGCGUUCUAGUAUCCAGUUUAAGCAAACCUUUCCAUUACCCUCAGUUGCACACGCUGGAAGACGUGGUGGACUCUGGGAAAAUCGUCUUCACCAAGUACGCCAACCUGAAGAACGUGUUCCUGGACGAUUCUGAGUUGUUUCAGAGGAUCCACGUGAUCAGCACGCAACGAUCCACGAGGAAGAUCGUCGCGUACGAUGAUAAAAUCGCGAUCACGAGGUACUACACGAUGGAGCUCGAGGACUUCGAUUACUACGACAAAGAAGGGAAUAGCCUUUUGAACUUGGUAGACGAGUGUCCGUUGAAUUACAGAGUGUCUUACGUGACAAGACUGCAUUCACCUUACGCGGAGAGGGUCGAUUUCCUCUUGUUAAGGCUGAGGGAAGCGGGAUUGCAGAAUCUCUGGUUCGGUAAUAUGUUGUUCGAGAUCAAGAGGAGAAAAACGUUGGACAACGAGGAGAGGAGGAUCAGGUUGUCUCUAGAACACUAUUCCUUGACGCUUUUACUGCUAUUCGUUGGCUUGUUGGGAUCCGUUUUAACGUUCCUUGUAGAAUUGUACGUCGCGAAACGAAGUACCUGCAAGAAGAAAAAUCAAUCGAAUGAUUCGUUACGACGGGACUUGAUAUUCAGGGCAUUAGAAUUCUUCGCGAUAGACACUCCAUUAAAUGCGAUUAAAUCAUUGGAGAGGACUACGAGAGUUACAAUCUGGAAAAAGGUCCAGUCUUCUACGAAGCUUAUUAUCCAGACGCCAACGAGAAACCACGUGGCAACUAUCAAGAGAAACGUUACUUCGAUCAAGGGACGAUUCUGGAGAAAACUUACCAAGUACCCUCCGAGCAUCUCGCGUAUCCGGGGGACAAUAUUCAAUUGGAUAAUUAUCAGAACAGAGCCGAUACCAUCCGAAAUGACAAUCGUUUCUUCUUUGAAACGAACGCGCGGCCUUUGGACGUGAAAGAGAUCUCGAAACUGGCCAGAAGAGCGAUUACCCGGGAUUUGGAAAACUGGAACACCAUUGAAAAUUAUUUGGAUCACGCCAAGUAUCAGGAUCUCGUGUAUCGUCGUCAAUACGUCAUCCCUGAGCGAGGAUACAGAAUCGAAGAACCGAUUCGUCGAACGGAGUCGAAUCUACCAGAUCCCUUGAAUGAACAGCGCGAUUUAAGAAGAGAUCUCUACGAAGAAGUUCGAGAAGAACCUUUAGCCUUAUCCAGUCGCGUUGAAUCAAAUGAAGGCCAGAGAAGAUUGACUGUGCGUGACCUUACUAACAAAGAUUCCUUGGGAUCGUUCAGAUCGAUACGGUACGAGGAUCAAUCGCCAAGAGAACAGGAUGUGAUACAAGCUGUAAGAACGAGCCAGAUAAAUGCGCCAUCGAUGAGAAACACUGAUCCAUCGAAUUCAGGUUCGAUCGUGGAUCCUUAUCCAACGGAAAACAUUUUUGCACCGCGACCCCAGGUGAUCAAUUACAUUUUCUCGAGGAAAUCGGAAAUAAAAGAGAAUGCGGAGAAUAAGGUUCAAAGUUUGCCUGAAACAAAAGAAACUGGUGAACGUAUGCCUAGGAAUUACGGAGAUAAUUUGAUUCAGGAUGAAAUGAGGAAAACUACGGAGGACAAAGACGUGAAAGUGACGUCCAUCGAAGUUAGCGAGGUACCUAGACAUAAGACUCGCCAUCAUCACGGGGAAUGGCCAAAACGCGAUUAUCCUCGCCGUCAUCAGUCGUAAAAUUUGUAAUUCUCGUGUAUAGGGCUUGUUCGAAAAGAAAAUGCAAUUGAUUUAUCGUUAAUUUCAAGUUCUUUCAAAGGAUGUUCAGGACGAACAAUAUUUUAUUUUCAAGUAUAGUAUGUAGUUGAAAUAUUUAUUUAAUAUGAUAUAUUAGUAUGAUACAACAACGAUACAAUUUUCUAUAUAACAAUAUAUAG